GGCCGUUUCAUUAUCAUCAUCAAUUCUCUUCUGGUAUCUUGAGGUCUGCUGAUCUCUUUGUUGCAUUUUAUCGGGUGCAUAUCUGGGCAUUCCUGUUAUCGAUCGCUCUUUACAUUGUGCUUUGGUGGCUUGCUCUUUCGGCUUUCGGAAUUCACGCUUUGUCAAAGUUUGUGAUCCCGUGAGAAUUGGAUCUUUUGGAUAUCUAGAUUUUUUUUAGAUUGCGUUUUCAUUGACAUCGUUUUGAUUUAGUCUCACGGAUCUCCCGUUUUUCAUAUAUAUAUAUAUCACGUGAUACAAAUUUCUCCAUCUUGGCUAUAUUCUACACCUGCUUGGAACCUUCCCGGGCUUAAUCAAGCAUGUCUCAUCAGGUAUCACGCGAUCUUCCAGACUUCCUGCAAAAUUCGCCUUACCUCCCAAUCUUAAAUUUUGAUAUCGACGAACCACCCCCUCCUAAAGCGGCUAGACCAAGUAUCGCGCAAAUACUCCGGUCAAGACCUGUACGAACAGCUAUACCCAUCGUUAUCUGUGGACUCAUCAUACUAUUAUUACUACCUCAUGGAACACGCAAAGCAAAAGAAUUGCAUCUACAGUAUAAAACUCCUGCGUGUUUGAAACAGGCUCCUGUUGUUGUGGAGCCCCUGACGGGUAACGAGACAGCAAUUGAGUGGGAUAAAUACGCAUACAUUACAUAUGCAACCUCGAAAGAUCAUUUGUGUAAUGCGUUGAUGAUGUUUGAGUCAUUGAACACGCUACGGAGCAAAGCUAAAAGAGUAUUGAUAUAUCCUCAACUAUGGAAAGAUGAGUGGGUUGAGGAUGUCAACGGGAAAGGUAUGGAGAUUAUUACUCAGAUGCUGAUCCAGGCGAGAGAUGAUUACAAAGUGGAAUUGAGGAAUGUGGAGAUUUUGAAGCAUAGACAUAGUCUAGAAGACGAAUGGGCGGAGAGUUACACCAAACUUCUAGCUUUCAAUCAGACGUCCUACGAGAGACUUCUCGUUCUAGAUUCCGAUUCCAUUGUUCUGAAAUCCAUGGAUGAAUUAUUCCUUGCUCCAAUGUCAAACUCAACACAACUCCUCGCACCACGAGCAUACUGGCUCGAUGCCGGAGGAGUCCCUCAAUUAGCAUCCCACAUAAUGCUCAUCAAACCAUCCACAACAGAAUUCGAGCGGCUUAAAAGCGAGGUCCGAAAAGCUGAAGUGGGUAUCUACGACAUGGAUAUCAUUAAUUCCGUCCUCACUAAACAAAAAGACUCCUGUGGUUUAAUAGACCAUCAAAUAUAUUCGCUUCUCACAGGAGAAUUCAGAAGACCCGUCACUAAACAUAAGGGUUUCUGGGGAAAAGGACACGAAAAUGAUAUAUGGGAUCCAGUGCAAGUAUUCCGCAAAUCAAAAUUUGUACAUUUCAGCGAUUGGCCUUUGAGAAAACCGUGGCAAUUGGAAGAUUUGGGGUGGAUCGGAAAGGGGCCAACGUGUGUUCCAGUGCCGGAAGGUGAUGAUUGUAGGGCAAGAGAUAUUUGGGAGGGAUUGUAUGAAGAUUUUAGGGAGAGGAGAGUGGGAAUUUGCGGAUUGGAUUAAUUGGGAUUGGGUAUUUGAUUUGCUAACUAGUUGUGUGUAAAAAAUUUGGAUAGAGAAUUAUAGAUUGAAUGGCGUUUGAUGAGCAUUAUCUAAUUUGGAUAUAGAGUCAUGUACGGGAAUUAAGUUUCGUUUCACUUGUCUGCAACAAUUUCCGCGCUCUUUGAAUGUGUCUCAUUACUUGAAUGUCGUAGUAGAGAUUUAAGGGGUUCGAAUCUAUAGACAAUUGUUUAGGUA